CAACGGUGGGGGGGCCGCAGGGUUAGGGUUUAUCCUGGCAUUGUGAUUCUUGUGCCUUGAUUCGCAUAUUCUAUCGCAUUUAGGGUUGGAUUGAUUGAUUGAUGAUCCUUCAUUUCAAGUUUCUACAUGGAUUCUUGAAUCAGCAUCAUUCAAUUGCUUAUUUGUUUUUCUCCUUUGCUAUGCUGAUUUGAGUUGGGCAUCAUUGCUUGCAUCGUUUCGUUAAUUUUAAUCCCCAAUUCGAGCAAUUUUCUCUACAAUUUUAUUAUUUUCGAUUCCGUUAGGGCUUCUGUGAUUGCUUUGGUGGGGUAAUUCUUGUAUACGCGCUGUGGUCUGGCUGAGCUUGAGCAAUGGGAGUUCCGGCGUUUUACCGGUGGCUGGCGGAGAAGUAUCCGAUGGUGGUGGUGGAUGUGAUUGAGGAGGAGCCGGUGGAAAUCGAAGGUAUUAAAAUUCCGGUGGAUACGAGCAAGCCAAAUCCUAACAACAUCGAGUACGAUAAUUUGUAUCUUGAUAUGAAUGGAAUCAUACACCCGUGCUUCCAUCCUGAGGACCGCCCUUCUCCAACGACAUUUGAUGAGGUGUUUCGGUGCAUAUUUGACUAUAUAGAUAGGCUUUUUGUGAUGGUACGACCACGGAAGCUGCUUUUUAUGGCAAUUGAUGGUGUGGCACCCAGAGCUAAGAUGAAUCAACAACGAUCAAGGCGGUUUCGAGCAGCCAAAGAUGCUGCAGAUGCGGCAGCUGAAGAGGAAAGGCUUCGGGAAGAGUUUGAGCGUGAAGGCAGGAAGCUCCCUCCCAAACAAGAAUCACAACUCUUCGACUCAAAUGUUAUUACACCUGGAACCCCAUUCAUGGCGGUUCUAUCUGUUGCUCUGCAAUAUUACAUUCACAUGAGACUAAAUCAUGACCCUGGGUGGAAAAACACCAAGGUUAUACUUUCUGAUGCAAAUGUUCCUGGUGAGGGGGAACAUAAGAUCAUGUCAUAUAUCCGUCUCCAAAGGAAUCUUCCUGGUUAUGACCCAAAUACCCGUCAUUGCCUGUAUGGGUUGGAUGCUGAUCUGAUCAUGUUGGCUUUGGCAACCCAUGAAGUCCAUUUUUCUAUACUUAGGGAGGUUGUAUUUACUCCUGGACAGCAAGACAAAUGCUUUCUCUGUGGUCAAAUGGGACACCUAGCUGCAGAUUGUCAAGGUAAAGUAAAGAGAAAGGCUGGGGAGUUUGACGAGAAAGGCGAUGCGGAGAUUGUGCCUAAAAAGCCCUAUCAGUUCCUCAACAUCUGGACUCUCCGCGAAUAUUUAGAAUAUGAGAUGAGGAUUCCUAAUCUUCCAUUUGAGCUUGAUCUUGAACGAAUUAUUGACGACUUUAUCUUCAUGUGCUUCUUUGUGGGCAAUGACUUCUUGCCACAUAUGCCCACUCUUGAGAUUCGUGAGGGCGCAAUCAACUUGCUGAUGACUGUUUAUAAAAAAGAGUUGAGGGCUAUGGGUGGCUACUUGGUUAAUGGAAAAAUGCCAAACCUGAGCCAGGUGGAGUACUUUAUUCAAGCUGUGGGAUCAUUUGAAGAUAAAAUAUUUCAGAAAAGGGCUCGCUUGCAUAAGAGACAAGCCGAAAGAGUCAAGCGUGAUAAAUCUCAAGCUAAAAGAGGGGAUGAUUCUGAACCAACAAACAGGCCUGAUUCUCUUGUUCCUGUUUCUCGAUUUCAUGGUUCUCGACUUGCUUCUGGUCCUUCACCCUCACCCUAUCAGCCCAAGGGUUCAGUUUCUGGUAGGCACAAUCAACAUGGCCAAGUUACCAGAAGUAUGUCAGAUCUUGAUAUUGCUGGAAAGGCACCAAAAGUUGCUCGAUUGGAUUCUGGAGCCACUAUUGGCGCUGCUAUUGUAGAGGCUGAGAAGAGCCUAGAAGUGGAAGAAAGUGAAAACAAAGAAGAGUUGAAAUCCAAGCUGAAAGAGUUGCUUCGCGAGAAGUCUGAUGUAUUUAAUAUGGAAACUCAAGAUGAGGAUAAGAUCAAAUUGGGAGAACCAGGGUGGAAAGAGAGGUAUUAUGAAGAGAAGUUUCUUGCAACAUCUCCCGAGGAACUUGACGCACUACGAAAAGAUGUGGUUUUGAAAUACACAGAAGGGUUAUGCUGGGUUAUGCACUACUAUUAUGAGGGCGUCUGUUCCUGGCAAUGGUUUUAUCCGUACCAUUAUGCUCCAUUUGCUUCAGACCUUGUAAAUCUUGGACAAUUGAACAUAAACUUUGAGCUUGGAACUCCAUUUAAGCCAUUCAAUCAAUUGCUUGGGGUGUUUCCUGCUGCAAGUGCUCAUGCUCUGCCUGAGCAAUACAGGAAGCUGAUGACUGAUCCUAAUUCACCUAUAAUAGAUUUCUAUCCUACAGACUUUGAAGUGGACAUGAAUGGCAAGCGGUUCUCCUGGCAGGGUGUGGCCAAAUUGCCCUUCAUUGAUGAGCAACGUCUACUUGAAGAAGUGGCAAAAAUUGAACACACUCUUACGGAGGAGGAAGCUCGUAGGAACAGUGUGAUGUCUGACAUGCUUUUUGUGUCAUUAUCUCAUACUCUAUCACCGUAUAUAUUUUCCCUUGAUGAUCGCUGUAAGCAGCUGCCUGAUAAAGAAAGAACUACUGUUAGGGAGAAGCUUGAUCCAGGAGCCAGUGGUGGAAUGAAUGGCUAUAUUUCUCUUUGCACUGGGGAUCCUUGCCCUCCUCUCUUCAGAUCACCUAUUCAAGGGAUGGAAGACAUUAUGAGCAAUCAAGUCAUAUGUGCUAUAUACAGUCUACCAGACUAUCACGAACACAUUGCUCGACCUCCCCCAGGUGUUACUUUCCCAAAGAAGACUGUAACUGUUGGUGAUCUACGACCAGAGCCAGUACUUUGGCAUGAAGAUUCCGGAAGGCGCCCAUUCGACAAUGGAAGGUAUAACAACAACAAUAACAAUCGGCACAACGACAACAGGCACAACAACCGGCACAACAACAACAGCAUGAACGGCGCUGUAACCGGCCGACACCUCGGAGAUGCUGCACAUCGCCUUGUUUCUAACAGCUUACAGCUAAGACGAGACAACAACGGUCACCCCAACCACAUGCACCCUCCCUACCCACCAGCCGAUCCACAGCGUUAUCAGGCUUAUCGGAACCCUAUGUACCCUCCCCCAGAUCAUGCCGUGGUGCAACCAAAUUCGACCUAUUACCCGCCCCGACCUUCGAGCUCCAUGCCUUACCGGCAACAAUACACCGCCCCACCUCCACGUAAUCCCCCUCCAACCGUCCCCAACCCUAGAUACAACCGAACCCAAAAUCCUCCCCCCGAGCCGAACCAUAGGUAUGCAGCACCCCAACCCCAGGACAACUCGAGACCUGGAUACUACGCCCAAGGUCAACCCCAACCGGGAUACGGAUACUCCCCGUACACUGCACACAAUUCUGGUGAGCCUCUGAUCCGGCCGGGUGUUUACUAUCAUCAGCUGGGCGGGUACAAUGGAGGAGGAUCUGAAGAUGAACGAUCCUACGGACACGGUAACUAUAGCAAUCGAGGCAGUGGCGGCGGUAGAUCAGGUGAUUCUUAUUCGGACAGGGGAUACAAUCAGCAACGCCACCCGGGGAACCAGUUUGCGGGCCGGGGCAGGGACGGAGGCAGACGACCACCGCACUCGGAUUACAGGCGGUAGAGCCAGAGCGAGGCAUUCCCAGGUUUUUUAUCUGGCCUAGGCUGUGGAUGUUCGAACAGCGAUGGCGUAGGUAUGAAUGCUAGUUAGGUCCCGAGGGGUCGGGGGAUCGGGCCGGGCCGGGCUGGGUUUUGUUGUAUCCUUUGAAGUUAAUCGUGUUGUACUAUCAUAUAUAGAUUGAUUGAUUAUGGAUGUAUAUGGAAAUUGGAACGUUACUUAACUACAUAAAGCAGGUACCCAAAUUGAACCCUUCCCAAUA